GCCUGUCUCUUUCUUGCGUCAGAUUAAUGUUCCGGGGAGGGGUGGGUGGGGGGAGCCAAGAAGGAACCACGCUCGGUUUGUCCGGGGGAGGAGCGGAAAGGGCUGUUUGGGGGCGAAGGACUUGGCUCGGAGCGCCGAGCUGGCCCCCGUUGAGGCUUCUCUUUUGGAAACGUCGGUACACUUUGGAAGGUUCGCGGUUUCCUGCGGCGCCAAGGCGAGGCCCCGUGAGCCGGUUCUCGGAGGAGCAGCGGCUCCAGGAAGACGGGGGCUGUUGUUUUGAGUCCCGCUGGCGGGCCCCUGCGGGGUUUGGGUGAGCGAUCCGCUCGGUGUCCGCAGUUCGAUGGUUUGUUCCGACCGAAAUGAGCCGCCCGUCCUCCGCCGGACCCAGCGCUAACAAACCUUGCGGCAAGCAGCAGCAGCAGCAGCAGCACCACCACACGCCAUCGCCGGCUGCUGCUCCCGCCGCCAACCCCACCGCCGCGGCCGCCACCAUCUCCGCUGCCGGAGCCGGCUCUUCCGCGGUCCCUGCCGCGGCCGCUGUGAUCUCGAGCCCUGGAGCCGGGGAAAGCAGCGGGGGGCCGGUGUCGCCUCAGCACCACGAGCUGACCUCGCUCUUCGAGUGCCCGGUUUGCUUCGACUAUGUGCUGCCCCCGAUCCUGCAGUGCCAAGCCGGGCACUUGGUUUGCAACCAAUGCCGGCAGAAGCUGAGCUGCUGCCCCACAUGCAGGGGAUCCUUGACCCCCAGCAUCAGGAACUUAGCGAUGGAGAAAGUGGCCUCGGCAGUCCUCUUCCCUUGCAAGUAUGCUACCACAGGCUGUUCCCUGACACUCCAUCAUACAGAAAAGCCAGAUCAUGAAGACAUUUGUGAGUAUCGCCCUUACUCCUGCCCGUGCCCAGGAGCAUCAUGCAAAUGGCAAGGCUCCUUGGAAGCUGUAAUGUCUCAUCUAAUGCACGCUCACAAGAGUAUCACAACUCUUCAAGGAGAAGACAUUGUCUUCCUCGCCACAGACAUUAACUUGCCAGGAGCCGUUGAUUGGGUGAUGAUGCAGUCAUGCUUCGGCCAUCACUUCAUGCUGGUUUUGGAGAAACAGGAGAAGUAUGAGGGCCAUCAACAGUUCUUUGCCAUAGUCUUGCUCAUUGGCACUCGCAAACAAGCAGAGAAUUUUGCAUACAGGCUCGAACUGAAUGGCAACAGACGGAGGCUGACAUGGGAAGCAACACCACGCUCCAUCCAUGAUGGGGUGGCAGCAGCUAUCAUGAACAGUGAUUGUCUUGUGUUUGACACUGCCAUAGCACAUCUAUUUGCAGAUAACGGGAACCUUGGAAUCAAUGUGACUAUUUCUACAUGUUGUCCGUGAUUUUUUUGUGUAACUUGUGAAACCAUGUGGUUUCUCUGGGCAUAGUGCUUUCAUGUUUUGCUGAGUCAUUUUUUUAAAAAAAGGUAUUCAACUGUUGACCUGUCUUUUCCUUCUCAUGCAGAUCAUAAGUACAUGAGGCAGAGCAGGAAUUUGCCACCAGUGCCAUCACAAACCUAUCAUUCACUUUGGAGUGAUGUAUCUGUAGUGUAAUCUAUAUAUGUACACUCCCUCCAUUAUAUGAAAUCCUGCACAAAUGUUAAUCACUGGUGGCAAUACACCCACAUAGGGAGUGUGUAUCUUCAUAAUAAUACAAGUCUUACCCUGACAUUUUAAUAAACUAUAUUCAUUGGGAAUUUUAAAAUAAAAUUUAUCAUAAUAGUUACUAAAGCAAAACCAAUGCCCUUUUAAUCCAAAAGGAAAGAGAUAUAUUUUUAAGAGGUUCACUGGAGUUUUUUAGAGGGAGAAACAAUGUCAUCAUCUUAAAACAAAACUUCUUUUUUAAACAUAGGGAAUAAAAAAGGUGGGGCAGCCAUCAGAGGUAGUAGAUCUUCAAUGCCUAAAGAGUCCAUGCACUAGUUUGGAAAAAUGAAUAGAUUACAGCACUUCUGGUUA